AUGGGGGACAUGGGAUGGCUGAAGGGUGAUAAUUUAGUUAAGAUUGAAUUGUUUAGAUAUUGGAAUAGACUUAAACUCAACGAUAAUAUUCUUUGUAAAACUGUACAUAAAUGGGCCAGUAGACGUAAGUCUUCCUGGGAUCACCGAGUAUUAAGUAUCGGUCGAGAACUACAUGUAUUAAAUGAUCAAAGUGACACUGUAUGUAUUGAUGAUGUGUGGGAUAGUCUAUGGGAAAGGGAAGUGGGUCAGUGGUCAAGGGGUGUAUGGAAUGACAUGUUAAUGGAAACAAACUCCGGUCAUACCGCAUCUACAAAACUGAAUUCGGAACAGAACCCUAUUUCAGUUGAAGAUAUGAUACUACUACAGAUAGCAUUACAGAGAUAUCCAUAG